AUGGAUCUGUUCAGAGGAAGCAAUUUGAGACGGACUGGAAUUGCAUGUACCAUCAUGUCUUUCCAGCAACUUACCGGUGUGACAUUCAGUUCAUCGUACGGCCCGACCUUCUACCGCUCUGUCGGGCUUGCUGACAUGGCCUUUGUCUAUGCUGUUGUUAACAAUGCUACAUCGGUAAUCACUGCCACGAUGGCCAUAGUCUUUCUGGACAUGUUCGGUCGACGUACCCUUGUUGUCCAUGGUGGCUGGUCACAGGGGGCCUUCCUCGUCGCGAUCGCAGCCCUAGGUCGCAUUGAGAACCCAAGCGUACACGAAAGCAAUGGCAUUGUCGCUGGUAUGCAACUAUACACAUGUAUUCUUCAUAUGACUCUAGGUCCUGGAGCGUAUAUCACCGCCGCUGAAGUCGGCACCCAAACUUUGCGUGAAAAGACAAUGGCUCUAUCUACCGCUAUAAACGUGGUAGUCGGCUUUGGUGUCGUUUUUGGCACGCCUUAUGGUCUUCGCCAAUUUGGCUCGGCUCUCGCCUACAUCUGGGGCGGGUUUGCCUUCUUAUCCUCCGUUUGGGCAUGGUUCUUCAUGCCAGAACUCAAGGGCCGGAAUUUGAAGGAGAUUGAUCAGCUUUUUGACACAAACUUGCCAGCCUGGAAGUUUAGCGAGUACGAAACAGAAGGUCUGACACAUGAGUUGACUGUGCUAGAGAACGGCCAAGAUACCAAGAAGGUUGACGAUGAGGUUGACCUCGAAGCUAGCCACGUCGAGGGCCAGCGGUAA